AUGAUUACUUUAAUAUUUUUUCUUCACUCCAUUUGUUUCCACCAAUUCCACGUUUAUUCUUUACCACUUACUGAACGGCCAUUAAAACAACCUUCUGUUUCGCCGCUUUUCAAGGCCCAGAACAGUAAUAUUGAUGAAGAAGCUUCCUUAGCAACAAAUACUGUUACUGGACUGACACACGGUGGACACCAGAAGGUCGAACAAGAACAUAAAGUACAAGGGACCAAGAAGUCGUACAGUGAAGAAUAUGCGGUUACUUCGGAGUACAUUGUCAAUAAAAAUAUUGGCCCGCAAAGUUCGACUGUUUUAAAACCACAAAAAAGGAAAUCUUUAUUUCAAUUUAUGCCAGAACCCAAAGUUCACAAAUCGUAUUCCUCAACAAACACUGUAGACUUUGACCAAAAUUCUAAGGCAAGAACGAAGACUGAAGCAGAAAAAGAAUUUCGGAAGGAGGUGGUUAGUGGUUUGCCAGCGAGCGAUCAGAACUCAAAGAAUGCCAAAGCGAAGCAAAGUACAGACAAAAACUUUCACCGUGAGAAAGAACAGGGGAGCACUUUGAAGUCCGAAUAUGAAAAAAGGGUUUUGGAAAAGGUUGUUCCGAAGUCCAGAGCUAAAGAGGUAGUUCUCAAAGACUCUACUUCUAAGCCUGACAUUGAUCCUGGUUCUGCAGACACAGUUGCUCUCAAAACCAUUAAGGUCGAAGAUGACAAGCCUGCAACACGUUUCAUUCCAAAGACUGGACAACCAGAAAUGUUAGCAGAGAAACAACCGCAAACCGAAGAAGACUCUGAACUUCAAGUGAAUCAAAACACUGACGACGUCUUAACUGCUGGUAAUUUGGACGACUCUAAUGUUGCUGCUGGAAAAGGUGUUAAUGAAAUCAUGGUUCCAUCGGAGUUAGACAGCAGUGAAAUCAGAUUUCAAAGUUCUGCAGGCGGUGAAGCAAAACAGUUGGUCCCGUUGCCACCUAAAGUGACAGAGCCACAGUACGAGAAGCCCAAGAACGGAAUAGUUGAAACAUUUUUUAACAGCUUGAAAAUAACAGCUAAAUGCUUACACGGUUCUUGCAAUCAUGUUUUCAAACAAGGCAGUGAACAGGAAGUUUCUUCUAUUCGGGUUAUGAAGCCCCCAGAGCGUUCAGAAAUGGCUUUACCACCUCGUCAUCGCAGGAAGCAGCGUACACAAAACUCC